CGCCAGCGCAUCUUCUGUCUCCAUGUUUUGAAGGGCCGUUAGUCUCACAGUUCUCUGAACAUUCGGCAGCUUUUGAAGGUAGUCUUGUUUGGCGGACGGAAAAUUUGGCCACCGAGAUUGAACAUCUGGAUGCCGAGCAACCGUCCCCGCGUGCGCCUCCACCCGCGGUCCAAGACGGGCACAUCUCUCCUUCAGCCUCGCAUGGCCGCUCAUCACUCACCUCAAGAUGCCGGCUAAACGCAUUCGCCAACCCGGUUGAUGAGCCACGCUACCUAAAUGAUGCUUGCCCGCUCGUCAUAUAUAAAUGCUAAAAUGCCUCGCUGAGUCGUUUCCUGUCGCACAUCAAAGUAAUCGGAUUGCAUCACCAGCUGGCAGCGAGAUCAACAUGCAUUUCCCAACCACCCUUGUCGCAACGCUAUCUUUGGCCAGCUCGGUCUUGGCUGUUCCAACCAGUUCCAAGCCCACGGAGACCAGUUUGUACAAGGCCUUCCGCGACCGAGGUCGUGACUUCAUCGGUACAGCUCUCACGAUCCGCGAUGAGCCUGCUGAGCCCAAAAUCGUCGACCAAGACUUCAAUUCCGUCACUCCCGAGAAUGCCAUGAAGUGGGAGUCUACCGAGCCAUCCCAGAAUAACUUCACUUUCGCCGGCGGGGAUGCCGUCGUUGCCUUCGCCAAGAAGUACGACCAGCAAAUCCACUGCCAUACCCUUGUUUGGCAUAGCCAGCUUCCCACAUGGGUGUCUGGAGGCGGUUUCGACAACAAGACCUUAAUCUCCAUCAUGGAGAACCACAUCAAGAACGUCGCUGGCCGCUGGAAGAACGCCUGCACCCGCUGGGACGUUGUCAACGAGGCCUUGAACGAGAAUGGCACCUACAGGAAGAGCGUUUUCCUUGACACCAUCGGCGAGGCGUAUAUCCCCAUCGCAUUCAAGUUGGCCCGCAAGUACGCCGACAAGAAGACCAAUUUGUACUACAACGACUACAACCUCGAGUACAAUGGCGCGAAGACUGAAGGGGCGAAGCGCAUUGUCAAGCUGGUUCAGUCCUACGGAAAGAACCUCAUUGAUGGAGUCGGGUACCAGGCGCAUCUCGCGAGCGAAGCCACACCCACUGCUCCUGGUGCUGUUCCAGAUCAGGCCACACUCGAGGCCGCCUUGGGGGCCACUGCCGACCUUGGAGUCAAUGUUGCAUACACUGAAAUUGAUGUCCGCAUGAACACCCCUGCCACACCCGAGAAGCUCCAGGUUCAGGCCGCGGCUUACGAGCGCAUCGCAAGGUCCUGUCUUGCCGUCAAGAGAUGUGUUGGUAUGACUGUCUGGGGUAUCUCGGACAAGUACUCGUGGAUCCCUGGGGUAUUUACCUCCGAAGGUGCCGCGCUGCUGUGGAAUGAGGACUACGCCAAGAAGCCUGCUUACAGUGGCUUUUUGAAGGGUAUCAAGGAGGGCAAGAAACACUAAUGUUGAUAGUCCAGAGAUUGGCUCGUUAGUUGACAAAAUAAGC